AUGAUUGGUAUUCCAUUGAUCUCAGAAUAUAUCCAUCGAGUAGUGAAGCCACAGGCGGUUGCUGAUCGAGUGGAUUUUUUGAAUUAUUAUGCAACAUCUUUAUUAUUAGCUUUAGUAGCAUUGGCUAUCUCAGCAAAACAAUAUUUCGGCUCACCAAUUCAGUGCUGGGUACCUAUGGAAUUUCGAGGUGGUUGGGAAAAGUAUGCGGAGGAUUACUGCUUUAUUCAGAAUUCAUAUUAUAUUCCUUUUACGGAACAGAUACCGGAAGAACUAAAUGAACGAAAAGAUCAGAUCAGCUAUUAUCGGUGGGUGCCAAUAGUGUUAGCAUUACAAGCUUUAAUGUUUUUCGCUCCGAACUAUUUUUGGAAUACUUUAUAUAAAGAAACAGCAAUACAACCGCAUGGAAUAGUAAAGGAUGCUAAGAAAUGUUCCACUUUACAUGGUCAUAACCGUGAUGUUGAAAUUCGUAAUUUGGCCGAAUACAUCAGCGAUACAGUAUCAGUUUUCAGCUCUCAAGAAGGCUCGAGAAUGGGAUUUGCCCGAUCAGGUCGAAAUGCUACAAUGUUGUAUUUGCUAACUAAGCUUCUUUAUGUAUUAAACAUCGUUGGUCAGAUUUACAUGUUAGAUCAUUUCUUUGGUGGUGAUUAUGUGCAGUGGGGUUUUCAGACAAUAACGGAUGUAAUAUCUGGAAAAGAGUGGAUGGAAUCAUCAAUAUUUCCACGUGUAAUCAUGUGUGACUUCCAGGUACGUCGUCUGGGUAAUGUGCAGCGUCAUACAGUACAAUGUGUUAUUAUGAUGAAUAUGAUCAAUGAGAAAUUUUACUUAUUUCUCUUGUUUUGGUUUAUUUUCAUAGGUAUUUGCACGCUAAUUAAUUUUGUAUACUAUCUCUUUGUGAUGUGUAUAUCAAAAGCACGUGCGAAAUUGGUAUUGUGGAAUAUUAACAUGCGUGAAUGGAAGUUGUCCGGAUUUCAUGGCGAUGAUAUGAAGCGUUUUGUAGAAGAUUUCCUUCGACCUGAUGGUGUACUUCUGUUGAAAUUUAUCGGUGAGCAUGUUGAUGCCAGGAUAUUGCGGGAUCUUGUCAACGAAUUGAUCCGGAUUUAUUCAAAACAGCAAAACAUAUUGAUAGAGAAUGACAGUAAGCAAACGUCAAGUGUAUCCUCAGAUGAGAAAGCACUACUGAUCAGUAGCAAAACGGAUAAAAAAUAUUACGGAAAUUUCGGAAAAAAUAUAAAGUCUCUCUAUCCUUCAAAAGGUAAUUUACCAGUACCAAGUCAAAUGGCACAGUCACCGCUAUAUGGGACCGGUUAUGAAAGUGCACCUGCUCUCGAAGAUCUGGUUGACGGGACCUUACCUAUUCGAGCGAUGGCACGUGCUCGAAUUACACAACCUCAGAAUCAUUCUGCCGAAAAUGUUUAUGGUAGUCCUGGAUCACAGCUACGACAAAAUACACCUACUGAAGUUUAA